AUGUCCCACAAACAGGGAUCGCAAGUCGUUUUGUCCAAGAAGACACCGCUUUGUGCUCGAUGCAAACAUCAUGGAUUCCGUACCGCUUUGAAGGGGCAUAAAAGAUUUUGUAAAUGGAAAGAUUGUGAGUGUCAAAAGUGUAUUUUGAUCUGCGCAAGGAGAAAAAUCAUGGCUGCACAAGUUGCUAUACGACGAAAGAUGGAUGACUGUUCAUUGAUGGACAGUUCUAAAGUCGAAUCUUGUGAAGAGGAAAACAGGUCCACAACUGAUCAACAUGGCGCUCGUUCAACAUCAACAGGUGAGGAAUUUUAUGAGCUUAUAACUUGAAGGCAGAACCUUUCAAGAAAAAUGUUAAAUAAAAAGCAGUGAAACAUUUGCCUUUUCAUCAAUUAAUAGGGUUAAUCAUUAUCCGAUCGAUCUCGAACUUGAAGCUAUCGGGAUAGACAAAACCCUUGGUAUGGCAAGCUUUUAUUAGACAGAAACAGCGAACGACUGUUUUUUUUUUUUCAAAAUGUCCACUGGUCCGCGGUGAAAAUUAUAAAGGUGGGGGAGGAAAGGGUUUGAAAGAAUUUUUACGUCACGAGUUAUAUGUUUACAUUGAUAGUAUUAAAAUGUUGAAAUUCUGCCAAAAAUGCACGUUGCACAACAUUAAACUCGGGUGAAGAGAAUUACCUAUCAUGAUACUUCCAGCCAUUAUAGAGACAUAAUCAGGUAAACCGAAAAAUCUGGUAACAUAUUGAUCUUAAAAGAAGAAAACAACGCAAAGAAGUAAAUGAUUUGAUUUUUCACUUGGUGGUUUAAUUUAAAACUUCAUAUUCGUUUAAAUCUAUUUGUCAAUUGGACUCAAAGGUUACGUCAUUUCUAGCAUUUUUGGUGGUACUUUAUUUUUUCGGGAACUCAACAUUUUUGUGAUCGGUUUAGUUCGGAUUUUUUCACUGAGAACGUAUUUUGCGAGUCUUAUUAGCAACCACCCUUAAGAUUCUUGUGUUUGAAAAACCAGACGAAAGAAUUAUAUUCCAAAACAAAAUAAAGUUGUUAUCCCUCGACGGGAGAAACACUCGAUUGUUCUAAUUCAGGGUUUGAUUCAUGCUACAAAAUUAACACUUCUCGUGAAUGUCAGUGAAACCUUAUGCCAGUUUGCGGCCGUGGGUUUACUGUUUGGUUGACUUAAACUUUUCUCAGUAGAUCGCAGACCAUAAAAGAUGCAAUAAUAAGGGUAUAGUGCUUAACAGUACGUAUGAAAAGGCUCCAUUUUAAAGUUAAAAAUGUGAAUUUCUCAGCAUUGCCUGGACCGUCAAGGAAACGUCCCUUUGACAGCCCACCUGACCCCACCAGGGUAGCAAGAUGCUCAUGGCUUCUGAAAAGGCUCUUUCCAGAUUUUUCUCAAAUAUUCCUACAUACACUGCUGGAAGCACGUGACUUCGACUUGCUGUCAACAUUGGAAACUUUGGUCGAUCUGUUGCAGAAUCGAGGCUUUAAUGUGCCAUAUCCAGGGGCAAUUCCAACCAAUAGCGUUUUUUCAUCAGGUAUGACAACAAGGCCGGCGUUGGUCAAUGAUUACGUAUGCUAGCACCAGCAAUAUUUUCUCUUCUCAAUGAACAAAAAGCAGUUUUGAUUUUUUCAUAUCUGAUUGUUACAACUACAUAAAAAAAACCUCUAUUUAGUAGUACCUGCUUUUGAAGCCAACGUUCAUUUAAAUUCAAUUCAAAUCAAACAUAUUUAGCCAUGAAACACUAUCCAGAUGGACAGAGAAAGUGUUCUUAAUCAGGGGCGGAUCUAGGGGGAGGGUGCAGGGGGUGUGCACCCCCCCCCCCCCUGGGAUGACCUGCGGUUUUCUAAUACAACUGGUAUUCUGAAAACAAAAAAAAACUAUGGGGUUUAUUGGGGUUGAAGUAGAGCAAGUGACAAGUGCACGCCACCUAAAAAAAAUCCUGGAUCCGCCCCUGUUAAUGGAUUGGGGAUUUUAUAAAAGGGAACUGGUCAAAUUAAAACUGAGCAAAUGACUGGAAAAAAAUUGCCCCCCCCCCCCCCCCCUGAGAUGACCUGCGGUUUUCUAAUACAACUGGUAUUCUGAAAACAAAAAAAAACUAUGUGGUUUAUUGGUGUUGAAGUAGAGCAAGAGACAAGUGCACGCCUCCUAAAAAAAAUCCUGGAUCCGCCCCUGUUAAUGGAUUGUGGAUUUUAUAGAGUGGUACUGGUCAAAUUAAAACUGAGCAAAUGACUGGUAGAAAAACCAAUAGAGAGGGGAAGUCGUUGCGCCAGGUUGCCAUGAUAGCAAAAUUUCUGAAUGUUCACAAACCGAAAACGUCACUUAAAAAGUGAAUUUUUUGCAUCGUUUCAAACUUCAUCUAUUUUAUUCAAAUACAUUUAAUUUGUCAAAUGUUGGCAAAAUCUCUGCGGUUGUCGAAAGGACAGUAUCUAAGUUUACCAAAAGGAAAAGACAAUUUUUGCGUUGUGUUCACCAACUCCAGAAAGAAGGUGCGUGAAAUUUCUCCUGUUCCAGUCUCUCAGAUAGUGGAGAAGAAGCAAAAGUAAAAGGCACACAAUAAGUUGGCGUGUUCUCGCUUUUUCAAUUCAGCAGGCUCAACUAUCUCAGAGCCUGGAACAGGCUACGUGAAAUUAGGAAGUUUCAUGUCGCCUAAGAAAUGUACAAAAACGCGUGAUGCACGUGGAAAGUCGUUGUUUUGCUAAUGAUAUCUUAACUCAUUGCUUUUUCUAAUUGCCAUUCUCUUUGCCGUUGCCAACAUCGUCGCGUAUUAAGUUCCCUGUUGUUGUCAUCCAAAGAUUUUGCUACCAUGGUAACUUGACAUCACACUUCUCCUCUCUAUAAAGGACUAGCAAUUUGGCAACAGAUGACCUACACCGUUCUAAACCUCUAAUUUCAUUGGUCCCCUUUAAUCUGCACUUCCAUUUUUUUCAGGGAUAGGGGCAUUGUUAUGUCACAAUCCCUAUUGUUUACCCAGCCAAUCACAAACAGUCUUUCAAAUAGGUGCACAUCACCCGGCAACAGUGCCACAACACCCCAAAACCUUAAAAUUAUUAUCUCCAACUGAGUUCUUUACUUCAGUUUUUUCAUUUAUUCUUUCAGGUGCUCCAGUCACUGCUUGCAUCAAGCUGUGGAAUGACCAGGAAACGGCAGCUCAAGCACUCAUAUUACUGGCUGCACAAAAAAACUAACCUAACAUU